AUGUCAAAUUUCUACGAAAUAUUAAAUCUUAACAAAGAUGCAAAUAUAGAGACUAUUAAACAAGCAUAUAAAUAUAAAUUAUUAAAUACACAUCCUGAUAAAACUGGUAAAACAGUGGAAAAUGAAAUUUCAAUGAUAAAAUUAGCAUAUAUGACAUUAAUAAACCCAACAACAAGAUUAAAAUAUGAUCAACAACUAAUAGAAACAACUAAAUUAAAUGGAUAUAAUAUGAAUGGAGGUGGUUUAGAUAUUUAUAAUUUAGAUGAUUUCAAAUAUGAAAAUAAUGAAUGGGUAAUAAAUUGUCCAAGAUGUGAUGCAAAUAAAAGCAUGAAAUUAACUGAAGAAGAUUUGGAAAAUGGAACAAGUGAUAAUGAAAGUGGAUAUGAUAUAAUAGUACAAUGUAAUAGUUGUAGUUUAUGGAUUCAAGUUAAAUAUUUUGAAGCAUCAGAAUCAGAAUCAGAACCAGAACUAGAUUCACUGUCUCCAAAUAACCAAUGUUUGAAUGAAAAUCCUUUAGCUGGUAAUUCUUUAUCAUUUCUAAAAGAUGAUCUGAUAUGA